GCGUGUGUCACCUGUCAGUUGCAUUUUCCUUGCGUUGAUUUUCUUUUUUUGCCUUUGUCCGACGUGGUUUGGGCCGGCGCAUGUUGCUCCUGUUUCGCGGAUGGUCGGAAUGGCGUCCAUGGUGUUGGCUGGUCGUUGGUUCAGCUACAAUAAGAGCGGUCGUCCAAGACAUCGGCGGGAGGACUGGUGUUUGCGAUGCGGUGAUAUCCAGGGAUUUCGUCUCGAUAUAUUGCUGCUUUUGCUCUUCUGUUCAACUUCGGGCGUCUAGAUGAGGCGAGUGUGGGACUUGAUUAAUCCGUACAUGAUUCGGGUUUUCGAGAUCGGAGAGCGGCACUGGACCGAACCGGGUGUCAGGUGGCAUAUAUCUUCUUCAACUGUGCUGUUUGUUUCCCUUUGGCCUCGUUCCUCGCGGAAUAUCUUCAUAUCAUGUGCUGCUGCCAUGAGUGGAUGCAACUGGACGUGCAUAGGUGGUUUUCAACGACUGUGCGGCAAGCCGCUCCCUUCGCUGGUGGCGUUGGUUCGAGCCUACACGAACACCGAGGGUUGUCUUUGUCUUUGUCUGCGGACUUUACUCCUGAUUAUGCCCAUGCUCUGUGGAAGUAGGAAGUGGUCGGUCUCUGACAGCGUGGCUUCAAGGCCCAUGGACAGCGUGGCUCCAAAGCCGUGGAAGCAGUUCUCUGAGAGAUGUGUUGAGCUCUGUUGCCCUCUCUCAUGAUCACAUCACAUUCUCUCCAGUGUUGUGAAUCAACCCCGGGUGUGUCUCCUCGGUCAGCGGAUCUGUGUUUGUCAUCCACUCGGAAAAGCGACUACGUGUUGGGCUCCAUGUUCGUGGUUGGGCGCGA